AUGAAGAUCACCAGAGCAUGUUCAGUUGUCGCUUGCCUCCUUGCUGUUAAGUUGUUAACCCCAGAAUGUCACUGUGAUCCUAUAAAUACUAAGCCUCAGGUACCCAAGAGUCAGAGCCAUAGUAGUGGUAAUUGUGGUGCCAACAAUGGAAACUCAUCUGCUAAUUCAGGAAAUUCAGGACAUGCAGGUAGCUCGAAUGCGGUAUCAGGAAACUCUUCAAAUUCUGUAAACGCCCCAGUCGCUGGCGCUUCAGCAUCAUCAGCUAAAUUAUCAGGCCCAGGAACCACCCCACCAGCUCCAGCCCCUGCUCCAGUAACACCCGCACCUAAGGAUGACAAGGCAAAAGCCAUUGACAAAAUUGACGAGCAAAUAGAAAAGAAAAACCAAAAGAAAAAAUUAUGCAUAAUAUCAUCAGCAGCCACAGCUUUGGCUCUCUUAUUAGGAGGAGCAAUUGGAUUAGGAAUUUACAAAACGACAAAGGCCCCACAGGUAAACGUAGAUAAUGGAAAUGAAACCCCCGCCACCGACAGUUCUGACACUGUUGUAGAGGGAAAUACCGAAACUACUGAUGUAUCCGAUGCUCCCGCCACCCCAGCAGCCCCAGAGACUCCAGAGACUCCACAAGAAUCAUAA